CCGAUUGUGCUAAGCGCAUUGCGUAAUUUGGCCAUUGUCUAUCAACGACAAGGUAUGCAACCAUUAGCCAGUCUGGUGAAACACUGGAUCCAUGUGAUGACAAAUCCACAACCCGCUCUGUCUUCCACCACCACCGCGAACACGGUUACCGGUAUUGCAACGAAUUCAAACUCCACCGCUCUUCCCGCCCAGUCAACUAGCUCACCACGCUCGGAUCUUAUUCGAGACAUGACCGCCUCCUUCCAUACCUCGUCCAGUCCAAUUGUGUUCAAUGGUUGUUGUUUUCCGGCUCGAGCCUCACGUAACCCGUUACCCGGUUACCUGGCCAUUUUCCUGUUUCUGACCAACGCUGAAAAUCACGAGCUUCCCAGUUCUAUUCGAAUUGUCAUCUGUAACGUUCACAUUUGCUGGACUUGUCGAACUGGUCCACAUUGCUAG